UGUUCUAAGAUGGCGCCCUGGCGAAAUAUGAGUAGUUAAGAAAAAGAAAAAACUACAGUUAGCCAUCGAACGAAAAUAAAGAACAUUAAAUGAUAAAGCAACCACGGGGGAAACGUUGAUAGCACUUCGUUUCACCGUUCGUUGGAAGAACGCGUCGUUUCGAGGGCAGAGAAGCUUCUUGUCGGCGGUUUGAGGAAGAGAGAAGAAGACACUGCCAGCAGCGAUGAAUAACUCCCUGGAUGGAUCAGGCUCCUACGAGGAGCUUGUGAGGCAGAAAGCUCGGAGCAUCCCUCAGCAUCGCAUGAAGGAGUUCCUGGAGUCCUUGGCCAGCAAGGGCCCAGAUGCCCUGCAGGAGUUCAGCCAGCAAGGCGGAGAUACUACGACCACCACUAUGGUCUACCAGCAAGAGGCUAACUGCAUCUACACAGACAGCACAGAGGUGGCAGGGUCGUUGUUGGAGCUGGCUUGUCCGGUUCAGGUGCAGGUCCAGCCGCAGCAGCAACAGAUACAGGAGUCUCAGCAGCAGUCUGUACAACAGAAUCAAGAGCAACAGAUAAUUCAGGUGCAGAUUCAGGGCCAGCAGCAAGGUCAAAUGCUGGGGCAGGUCUCCCAAGUGCCCUCUGGCUCCCAUCAACAGCUCCAAGGUGUGACUACUGCACAGCUGAUUCAGCCUGGGGAACUCACUGAGGAGCAGCAUCAACAGCUGCAAGCCCAGUUGGUGGCAGCCGUUGCAGGAGGACAACAGAUCCAAAUCCAGACAGUGGGGGCCCUGUCUCCCACCCAGCAGCAGGACAAUAUUGAGAGGAGAGUACUGGGGACCACUGUUUCCACAUCACAGGGAGCAGGUGUCCUCCAGCCAGCCAAAAAGCGUAAGGUUGAUAUGCCCAUCACUGUGUCCUAUGCCCUGCCUGGUCAGCAAGUAGCCACGGUCCUGGCUAUCCCCCAGGGACAGGGCCAGCAGCAAAGUUACGUGUCCCUGCGGCCGGACCUCCUAACUGUGGACAGCUCCCACCUCUACAGUGCUACAGGCACUAUCACCAGUCCCACAGGGGAGACCUGGACAAUCCCUGUUUAUUCUGCUCCUGCCGGCUCCGGAGGCCGUGAGCAGGUCACACACAUUGCCAUCCCCCAGGAAGCCUAUGGAACAAUGCAGCUUGCGGGGCCAAACACUACAACAAUGACCACAAUGCCGACGCAGGUUACUAUCGAAAAUGACAAGCUGAAAAGUCAGAGUCAGACUGCGCAGGCCGUUUCCAGCAUCACAAGCUCCGGGGGAAUGGGAGGCCAGGAAGAAGUGGUGCACACACUUUCUGCAAACACGCUGUUCCCUGCCCAGCUGAUGAAUGGGAACAUCCACAUCCCAGUGUCAGUACAGGGCUACUCCAAUACUACACAGUCCCUUAUCUGGGAUCCACAGCAGCAGGUGCUGCACACACAAGGACUGUCGGGGCAGGACACACAGCAUCUGCAGGUGCUAACACAGGGGCAGACAGUGGUAGCAGAGAUAGAUGGCCAUGGCCAGCAACAGGUGCAUGUGCAGGAGCUGCUGCUGCCUGCUACUCUGAAGCCAGAGGAGGGGCUGGAAGUGUGGCGGCUUUGGGCUCAGCGGAAAAACGCAGAGUUGGAAAAAUCGGACUCGAAUAAACUAGCCCCAAUUGGCCGACGCCAGGCUCUGCGUUUCCAGGAGGACUUGGUGUCGUGUGCGGUAGCCGAGCUCUGCAUGGGUCUCUCUUUGAUGACAACAAAUGCUCGGGGGUUGGAAGAGGAGUCUUAUGAGGCUGAUGUUCUCUACUAUGUAUUUCUGUGCAUACAAAAAUAUCUGUUUGAUAACGGUCGCGUGGACGACGUUUUCUCGGACCAGUACUACACUCGCUUCGCUCACAGCCUGCACCAGAUCCUGGAUCCUUGGAGAUCGUCUAUUCAUCCGCUAGGUUAUAUCAUUCCCAGUCAUGUGACGGAGGAGAUGCUGUGGGAAUGUAAACAGCUGGGAGCUCAUUCUCCCUCCACGCUGCUCACAACUCUAAUGUUCUUCAACACCAAGUAUUUCCACCUGAAGACAGUGGAUCAGCAUCUUAAAGUGGCCUUUUCUAAGGUGCUGAGACACACCAGGAAGAGUCCCAACAACCCCAAAGACAAGAGCACCAGCAUCCGAUACCUGAAGUCAACCGAGAGGUUCAUAGGACAGAAAGUCACAGACGACAUGUACUCGGAGCAGCUGGAGGACCCGGAGAACCCGCUGCGAUGUCCCAUCAAGCUCUACGAUUUCUACCUCUUCAAAUGUCCUCAGAGCGCUAAAGGUCGCAACGACACCUUCUACCUGACUCCUGAGCCCGUGGUGGCUCCCAACAGCCCCAUCUGGUACUCCACUCAACCCAUCCCAAAAGAACAGCUGGAGCAGAUGCUCGCCCGCAUCCUCGUCAUCCGCGAAAUCCAGGAAGCUAUAAACCUGUCGGAGAGCGUGCACUAGUGGGACUGAAAGGAGAACCGUGGAAUGGACUCGACCUCUUUUCUCUUCACCCAGCCUUUGAUUGCUCAUUAUCGGUAGUUUUCUAUCCUCUCACACCCUCUGGUGGUCUCUGAGGGGGGCAUGUAUAUGUUUAUAUUCAUCAUGUGUCAGCGUAUCUUACAUUCACAGACUGUACAUACAACCAAUACAGCUAAGAAUCCGUCUUAUUGAGGCGAUCUCUCAACUCUUGUUUUCUUUUUCUUUGGCCAAAGGCUGUCUAACCUUUAUAAUGGACCUGAACUCUAAUUUAAAUGUUAUUUUAACUGUUGGUUCUCCUUUUUGCCAAUAGUCUGGACUUUUUUCAUUCCCUGUUCAGUUUUAAUGUGUAAUAUAGUUCAUAUAUAUUUUCACUAUGCUGCUUUUCAUAGAAAUCCUUUUGUUGCUCUACUUCCUCUCUCAUCUGCCUUGGUCACUGUGGAGUGUCACGGUGAAAUACCUCCCCGGUAUUACAGACAGCAUUAAUUGGCCCAACGUAGGUUAAAAGCUCAUUUUUCUUUGUACUUUGCUCGUCUUAGUUGUGAGCUCAAGUUCUCCGGAGACGAUUCACUUGUGAGUGAUUUC